GCCGUGAAUGAUGCGACGGCACACCUAUCAGACAGUGAGGGCGGAUGAUUUGUGCACCCCGUUCAGCCACUAAUAAAAACAAAUGGGCGGGACUGCGUGUGAGCGUUUUGAACUGUGGAUGGAAACAGUACUUGGUGAAAAGGCAAUCCUGCAGUUUUCACUGACUGGCAUUCAAUUUCUCUUCUGUUCAGCGAACAGUAAAAACAUGAAAGCGGUAAUUCAGCAAUACCGUUCAUAACGGCUUGCUACAAUCUUAGGUAGGCUACGGGCUAGCUACUAGCGCCAUCGUGGCAGCUGAAGCUGUGUUGCUAGGGUACUCCGACCCUAGCGGUCCGCUCCAGGUGUAUGUGAGCCGCCAGGGUGAUUCAGGCUGCCCUUAUGGAUCGCUUCAAUGGAUGCCUUCAAACCCCCUUUUAAUAACAACACUUCGAGAGCAACCGGGUCCGUUUCUCAGCCGCCAAAUGCAGAGAGGGAGGUUACCUGCUGGCCAGUUCCAGAGACCCCAGAAAAUGGGACUGCAGCUGCCCCGGUUUCAGGACAAGCCGUCUCGGGGUACUGGACGGCUGUCUUCGACUACGAUGCCAAUGCAGACGACGAGCUCAGCUUGCGGAAGGGGGACCUGGUGGAAGUCCUAUCGAAAGACUCGCUAGUCUCGGGAGACGAGGGUUGGUGGACAGGAAUGAUAGAGGACCGUGUUGGUAUUUUUCCCAGCAAUUACGUUAGUAGUGGGAAUGCCAUCUCUGAAAAGAUACGGGACAAGACUGGGGAAGAUUACGCCGACUACCCAGUACCAUCGUUGCACUUGCUGGAGAUAGACUUCUCGGAGCUGACCCUGGAGGAGAUCAUCGGCGUGGGCGGCUUCGGCAAGGUGUACCGGGCCCUGUGGCGGGGCACGGAGGUGGCGGUGAAGGCGGCGCGCCGCGACCCGGACGAGGAGGAGGGCCAGACGCUGGAGAGCGUGCGGCAGGAGGCCAAGCUCUUCGCCAUGCUGCGCCACCCCAACGUCAUGGCGCUGCUGGGCGUGUGCCUGCGGGAGCCGCACCUGUGCCUGGUGAUGGAGUACGCCCGCGGCGGCUCGCUCAACCGCGCCCUGUCCGGCCGGCGCAUCCCGCCGCACGCGCUGGUGGACUGGGCCGUGCAGAUCGCCCGCGCCAUGCGCUACCUGCACUGCCAGGCCAUCGUGCCCAUCAUCCACCGCGACCUCAAGUCCAGCAACAUCCUGAUCCUGGAGAAGGUGGAGCGGGAGGACUUGAGCAAUAAGACCCUGAAGAUCACGGACUUCGGCCUGGCGCGGGAGUGGCACCGCACCACCAAGAUGAGCGCAGCGGGCACCUACGCCUGGAUGGCGCCCGAGGUCAUCCGCUCCUCCACCUUCUCCAAGGGCAGCGACGUGUGGAGUUAUGGGGUGUUGCUGUGGGAGCUCCUGACGGGGGAGGUGCCGUUUCGGGGGAUUGACUGCCUGGCGGUGGCGUACGGGGUGGCCAUGAACAAGCUGGCACUGCCCAUCCCCUCCACCUGCCCCGAACCCUUCGCCCGUCUGAUGGAAGAUUGCUGGAACCCCAACCCCCACGCCCGCCCCUCCUUCGCCACCGUGCUGGACCAGCUGACCGCCAUCGAGGAGUCGGGCUUCUUCGAGAUGCCCGCCGAGUCCUUCCACUCCCUGCAGGACGACUGGAAGCUGGAGGUGCAGGAGAUGUUCGACCAGCUGAGGGCCAAAGAGAAGGAGCUGCGCUCCUGGGAGGAGGAGCUGAGCCGGGCGGCGCUGCAGCAGAAGAGCCAGGAGGAGGCGCUGCGGCGGCGGGAGCAGGAGCUGGCGGAGCGGGAGAUCCACAUCCUGGAGCGGGAGCUGAACGUGAUCAUCCACCAGCUGUACCGCGAGAAGCCGCGCGUGGAGAGCCGCCAGGGCAAGUUCCGCCGCAGCCGCCUCAAGCUGAAGGACGGGAACCGCAUCAGCCUGCCCUCGGACUUCCAGCACAAGAUCACAGUCCAGGCCUCGCCCUCCGUGGACCGCCGUCGGAGCAUGAUGGGUAGCAGCUCCAGCCCCCCCACCACCCCCCCAUUACUGCCCCGUCUGAGGGCAAUACAGCUGACCCCGGGGGAGAGCGGGAAGGCAUGGGGGCGGAACGCCGCUUUCCAACAGGACGAGGAAGAGGAGAGGAAAGGGUCCCGGAAGAAAGGGCGGAACUGGGGCCUCCGCGAGCAGCAGAGCGGGGAGGAGAGCGCUGUGAAGGUCACUCCGGAGGGGAGCAGGCAGCGCUCCUCCAGCGCCCCAAACCUGCGCCGGUCGCCCCGCCUGAGCCCAGCCGUCCCGGGAGUGCCCAGCCUAGCAGAGAUGGAAAACGAAGACAGCUGCUACAGCGCGGAGCUGGCCGACUCUCCCAGCCAGUCCUACCUCUGCAUCCCCUUCCACAGGGAGGGCAGCGUUUCGGAGGGGAACGGCGGGGAGGCGGGCGGGCCGGGCCACGCCCCCGACACGCCCCCCAGCUGCAGCAGGCGCAGCCCCAGCGGGGGCCGGAGGUCGGAGCUGGUCCUGCUGGGCUGCGGGGCGCUCCUGGCCGCCGUGGGGCUCGGGUUCGACCUGCUCAGCCUGGCCCGGCCGGAGGAGAGCAGCAAGCCGCGCUGGGAGGGGUUCUUCCACCGGGCCGGGGGCCAGCGGCGCAGCACCAGCCCCCCCACGCGCAAGCUGUUCCGGCGGGAGAGCCCGCUGCGGCCCCCGGCCCCCCCGCCGGAGCGGGCCUUCCCCUCCUCCCUCACCCUCCUCUCCCUCUCCUCCGUCUCUGACUGUAACUCCACCCGCUCCCUCCUUCGCUCCGACAGCGAGGAGCUCCUGGUCUACCGCCCCGCCUCCCCCCCGCCCCCGCCCCCGCCUCAGCCCCAACCCCCGCCCCAGCCCCCGCCUCAAACCCCGCCCCUCCCUCUCAACCCCCUGGUGAACACCCACCUGGAGAGCUUCAAACGACACCCACGCCAGUCCCUCACCCCCACCCACAUCCCCUCCGCCCCCAGCACGGCGCCCCGCCACCUCCAUCGCACCCCCUCCGACGGGGCCAUCAAGAGGGGGUGUCCCCAAAUUAACCUGCACCCCCUGCCCAUCAAGGGGGCUGAAAAUACAGCCGUGAGCCCUAAAGGUCUGAAAGACCACGUCGCCGAGGUGCCUCGCUUGCCCGACCCCAAUCUGGUGUUCCCCCCCACCCCCCGGCGCCGCUGCCCCCCCGAGCGGCCGAAGACGCUGGACUUCGUGGCCCGGCCGCGCCCCUCCCCCAGGCCCCGCUGCGAGGCCUUUUGGGCCGACUCCCCCGGCGGGCGCGCCCGAGGGUCCCCCGCUCACACCUCCAGCACGGAGACGCCCCCCACGCUGGAGUUCGGAGGGGACGCGGGGGUGCCCCCCACGCCCCUGCCCCCCCCCGCGUCCGCCUCCCCGCGCCGGUGCGGCAGCCUGCUGGACGAGCGGGACGAGGGGCAGUGCCGGGACGACACCCUCCCCCUCUGCCGGCCCCGCCUCCCCAAAGACUCGCCCUACCGGCCCCGCCCCGGCUUCUGGUCCUAG